AUGGCGACCCCUGUACCCCGUUCUUUGAGGGGUGUUCUCCUUCCCCCCCUCUUCCCUCUGUCGCCUCUGCUGCUGCUGUCGACCUCCUUGGUGCUGAGAAGGUCGGUACUGCGUCUGCUUCGAGCGGGCGCCGCAGCGGCAAGGGCAAAGGGGGCAAGGGUGGUGGCGGUGACGGCGGGGGAGGCGGUGGUGGGGGCGGUGGAGGCGGUGGGGGUGGUGGCGCGACUGGAGGGGCUAGUGGUAGCAGUGGGGGUGGUGGCGGCAGCGGCGGGGGAGGUGGCAGGGGCGGAGGCGGUGGUUGGGGUGGCGGUGGACGAGGCGGCGACAGGGGUUGGGGUAGUCGAGGAGGUGGCAGCGGCGGUGGUGGUCGUGGAGGCGCUGGCGGUGGCCAGGGCCAUCAGCACACACCGUCGCCCCAGGAGGUCCGUGAGUGGUACUCUCUGCACGUACGUCAUUCGCACUGGUGACCACACUGGUCAGCAGUGUGGACGACCGCACGCCACACAACGCUGCUUUGCUCGUCUCGACAACGCUUGGCGUGUUCAGUUCCCUGAGGCCGCUGAGCUGCCCCGCUGGAUUGAUCUCGUGAAGAAGGGGAUUGAUAUCUAUGCUCUAGACUUUGAUGCUAUUCUAUCUGCUAUGUAUGUGAUGUCUACUAGUGGAGAGGGUGCUGAGUACCUGUGUGUGCCGCCCGACCCGGGCAUUAGGACUAGUGCGUCUGCCGCUCCAGGUACUCGCGUGUCGGCUACCCCAGGUACUGGUGAGGCAGCUGCUCUAGGUGCUUGUGCGUCUGUCCCCCUUGGUACUGAGUCAACUGCAGCACUGCACACCUUCACACUAGACUCAGGUGCUUCUCGCUGCUUCUUUCAUGACCGCACUGCCCUUGAGCCGCUUGCUUGGCCAGUUGCUGUCUCCCUUGCUGACCCCUCUGGGGGUCCGGUCAUUGCGACCUCUUCCACUGUCCUUCCCUGUCCUGCGGUCCCGUUGGGCACACUGUCAGGUCUCCACCUCCCCUCGUUCUCUACGAACUUGGUGGCAGGAUGUGCGCUCCAGGACGGGGGUGUUCACCAGUUCACCCCUGCCUACGAGUGCGUGACACACUGUCAGCUGUCGGCCCCCUGCUCGUGUCGCUCUCUAGCGCACGAGACUGUCCUCUGGCACCAUCGCCUUGGCCACCCGUCUGUGCAGCGGCUUCGUGCCAUGCACUCCCGGUACCUUGUCUCUGGUCUUCCCAGGGUCCUUCCUCCCCUCCCUCCCUCACCUGCUCCUACGUGUCUCCCCUGUGUCGAGGGACGGCAGCGCGCCGCUCCUCACUCCUCCUCGUUUCCCCCGACGACUGCUCCCUUGCAGACGCUCCACAUGGACGUGUGGGGCCCAGCCCGCGUCCGUGGUCAGGGUCAGGAGAGGUACUUCCUGAUAGUUGUUGACGACUACUCGCGCUACACCUCGGUCUUCCCCUUGCGCACCGAGGGUGAGGUCCCUGAUGUCUUGAUCCCUUGGAUCCGCAGAGCCCGUCUCCAGCUCAGCGAGCGUUUUCGCUCGGACUUUCCUGUCCUGCGCUUGCACUCUGACAGAGGUGGUGAGUUAUCCUCCGACCUCUUGGCAGCCUACUGUGGUGAGCACGUCAUUGACCAAUCGUUCACGCUUCCGGCCUCUCCACAGCAGAAUGGGGUUGCGGAGCGCCGCAUUGGCCUGGUCAUGGAGGUCGCCCGUACCUCCUUGAUCCAUGCGGCUGCCCCCCACUUUCUGUGGCCGUUUGCGGUCCAGUACGCUGCGCAUCAGCUCAACCUCUGGCCCCGUGUCUCCUUGCCGGAGACCUCGCCCACACUGUUGUGGACGGGGGAGGUUGGCGAUGCGUCGCGUUUCCGAGUCUGGGGAUCUCGAGCUUUUGUCCGCGAUACAUCUGCGGACAAGCUCUCCUCCCGUGCUGUUCCAUGCGUCUUCCUCGGCUUUGUCCCGGACGCGUCUGGUUGGCAGUUUUACCACGCCACCUCGCGCCGAGUCUUGCCCUCUCAGGACGUCACUUUUGACGAGUCCGUCCACUACUAA